CUUUGACAUUCGAGUUUGAGUGAACAGUGGGAGCAGAAACAUAGGGAGAAAUGGCUUUAAAUUUAUUGAGCAAAUUUCGUGCUUUAUCGCUCACUGCACCUGGUAGUAGCAGCGCAGCAGCAACAAUAACUAGGGGAUACUAUGUCUACAAAGAUGAUAACUACAAAACCAUUCCAGCAAGAUAUAACUUCAAGCGCAAGCACUACAUUGAAAAAUUCAAGAGAGACAGAAAGCUAAAGUUUAUCAAGAUAGAGUUACCUGAUAUGACUGAAGAAACUAACAUUAGCAAACUGACACCAGAUGAGAUUCGGGCAAAGAUGAAAGAGAAGGGUAUCCAGCCUGUCCGGCCGUGGAUGGAGAAGCCUGUGUUUAUUUCAGCCACUAGUGGAACGUUUGAGGCGUAUGUACCUCCUGAAGGAGAUGGGAAAGUGUCGGCCACAUUAGCUGCUGGUGCUAAAAAGAAAUUUGAGUUUCUGGAGAAAAAAGGUAAAUCUAUGAUGGCAGUCAGAAAGAUUCGGCAGUUUGAUGAAGACUUUGAUCCGAAGGUAUUUGCAGAAGAAGCACAGCAGAUCUAUAUUGAUAUGCACAAAGCUUUGGCAGAUUUUGAUAAGGUGAAGCUACAUCAGAUGGUGACAGAGCGAGCAUACCCAAUGGUGACCCACCAAGUUCGUAACAAGACGCUGAGAUGGCAGUUUGUUUCAUCAUUAGAACCUCCACGAGUUGUUCAUGCUCGUUGCACUGAUGUUAUCAGCAAAGAAAAUAUAUUUGCACAAGUUACAGUUCGUUUCCAUACAAAGCAGACAUUGGCUGUGUAUGAUCGAUUUGGCCGUCUGCAGCACGGGUCGGAGGUGGUUGCAAAGGAUGUCCUGGAGUAUGUUGUUUUUGAGAAACACGUGGCCAACACCUACGGUGUCUGGAGAGUCCACGACAAGAUAAUUCCUGAUUGGAUGCCUCCUCGGCAGCCAAGCUAUAAGACAUACAAGGUGGAAGAGCAAAGCGCAGAGGGAACAGAUGUUGCUGUAAUGGAGGAGAAAGAGGAGAAAGUAGCAGAAACUGCUACAGCAUAAGAUAUUAUGACGUCUUUUUUUCAGUACAUAAAUAUUUUUUUUUAUUCGCAUGUAAUGAUGUACUGGUAAUUGUUUUAUUUUUUUAUUUUUUGUUUAUCAUUGCAGAAAGAUUAGUAUCCACUACAUGAAACCACAUGUUUCUGAUAGUACCAUUAUGGAGAAUCAUGCUUAUUCAUUACAUACCAUCAGCCUGUAUAAAUGAGAUGACACAGUGAAUACAAUUUAUUUGUUAAUAUUAUUGUUCAAUAAGCAUUUGGUUGAUUUACAUGUAUAUAUGAAAGAGAAGAAAAGGUCUUUUGUAUAGACGUAGAAAUAAUAAAUUUGUAAAUAAGAUUGUAAA